AUGGACCAGCACAGUCCUGGCCUCUGGCCCCCUGCUGUGGACUUCUGUGAUCUGCUAUACUGUGAUAAGGUGUACUGCUGCCCUUCAUCAACAGAGGGAACCACUAACUCAAACAUCAACAUCUCCAAAUCAACAGAAAUACCUGUUAUGAAAGAAAAAAACAUUGAAGAUUUUUAUGGACAACUGAAAAGUGCUGGAGACUGGACGAACACCACUAUCCAUUCUAUCACCAUCAAAGAAAGCCAGCUGGUUAUUGACAGAAAAUACUGCCUAAGAGACGAAUGUGGCCCCAGUCGAUACAUCUUCAGAGUUCCUGUCAGUGAGUUUGUUCCUGUCAACAUGAAAGUAACCCUGCUCAUGAACUCUACAGAGGAGUUGGUAGUCCAUCUGUGCAAUUUUGAUGAGUCCACAGUCUGUUCUGCUCAGCUGGAUAUCAGCGCUGUGUCUGACAGCAGAUACCCAUCAAAUACACAGGGUCAAGCAGACUGCAGUACCAACUAUCAAUACGCAGGGGCGCUCUUCACAGACUACCACUUCUACUUCUACAGACACUGCACGGAAUUUUAG